AUGCAUAGGCAGAAAGUUGCUGAAGUGGAAAAGGUGACUCAGACAGUAAAAGAGCUGGAAGAGGCUGUUCUUGCAGGUGGUGCUGCUGCUGCAAAUGCCGUGAGGGAUUACCAACGGAAAUUCCGAGAUAUGAAUGCAGAGAGGAAAACUCUUGACAGGGAGCUUGCACGUGCAAAGGUUACAGCAAACAGAGUUGCCACGGUGGUAGCAAAUGAGUGGAAAGAUGGUAAUGAUAAAGUGAUGCCUGUGAAGCAAUCAAUGGCUUGA